UCUGAAUAGGUUUGGUGGCGACCAAGAUGGCGAACUGAGCCGCUGAGGCUACCGAGAGAAGUUUUACAUGUACGAUCUAACAGCUAUAUAGAUUCUCCAAGAUGCGUCAUUUCUAAAAACCCACGAAACAGAAGUUGAGUUUGCAGCGAUGGAGUGUUAUCUGAAGUGAAGAUUGAAGACGUGAUAGAAGAUGGACGACUACUGCUAUGCUAAGAUGGCGACGUCAUGUAAAAGAGAAACUGGAAGAGAAUCAACUUCCAGCAAAUCACCAACGGAGAAAACGACGAAAACUGCAGAUAAAAAAGAGCGUCUUGAAAUGUCCAACAACGCAAUUUUGGAGGCUAUCAUAAACCCUGAAAAGACCGUCGCUGAGAUAAUAGCCGAUCUGGUUGAGCAAGUCAAACAAAGAAACGCCAUGAUUGUUAGCUUGAAGAAGGCAGUGGAGUUCACAUCAGAGGAGAUGAAAGAAUGCAAAAGUCAAAUGAAGAAAGUGGAAGAGCAAAACAAGCGCUUGUGUAAAGAAAAUAGAGAUUUGAAAGAAGAGAUGUUGGGGAAGAGUAAGAGAUGUGAAGAGAAGACUGGACCACAUGUCUACAUCAACGUGCAGAGGAUUGGAGAUGUCCAGCAGCUGAUUGGUCAUCCAGAAGAACCUUCUUCUCAGUCGCUGGGGGGGAGCUCCACUUUGAAGCAGGAAGCGUCACAGCCCUCCCACAUUAAAGAGGAAGAAGAUGAACUUUGGAUCUCACAAGAGGGAGAGUGUCAUCUAGGACUGGAGGAGGCUGAUCUCACCAAGUUGCCACUGACGGUUGUCACUGUGAAGACUGAAGAUGACGAAGAGAAACCACAAGCAGACAACCUUUUAGCGCCGCUCCCACAUAGUGAGGCCGAAGACGAGGUUGAAGAAACUUUGAGCAGCGACACAGACUGUGAAGGUAAUAUGAGGACUGACAGCAAACACCGUAAAGAGAAGACAGUAAAAAGUUGGAGCUGCUCAUUUUGUGGCAAAAUCUUUACCAAAAAAAGCAAUUUAACUUACCACGUGAGAACACACUUGGGUGAAAAACCAUUUAGUUGCUCAAUUUGUGGUAAAAGCUAUGCUCAAAGGAGCAUUUUGUCUGACCACAUGAGAGCGCACACUGGAGAAAAACCGUUCAGCUGCUCAGUUUGCGACAAGAGCUUUUCACAGAAGAGGUAUUUGACUGAACACAUGAGAGCGCACACAGAAGAAAACCCAAUUAAGUGUUCAGUUUGUGGCAAAAGCUUCACUAAAAAUAGCAAUUUGACCCAACACAUGAGAACGCACACAGGAGAAAAACCAUUUAAUUGCUCAGAUUGCGGCAAAAGCUUUUUUUCCAGAGCUGGUUGGACCCGACACACAAUGAAACACACUGGAGAAAAACAAUUCAGUUGUUCAGUCUGUAACAAAAGAUUCCUUUAUAAUGCAGACAUGGUAAGACACAUAAGAACUCACACUGGAGAAAAACCAUUCAAAUGUUCAAUAUGCGGUAAAAGUUACACUCAAAGUGGAACUUUGUCUCAUCACAUGAGAACACACUCAGGAGAAAAAACAAUGAGUUGCUAAAUUUGUGGUAACUGAUUUACCCAGAAGGCAACUACGGUAGCACAAGUAACCUUUAACUUGCUUAAUGGUGGCGACGACUUCAAAGACUUCUUUAUUGGGAAGUCUUCAAUACAUCCAUCCAUCCAUUUCCUACCGCUUGUCCCUCUUAGGGAAGCGACUUGCAUAGGCUGGGAUAGGCUCCCAUCAAUACAUCUAAGACAUACAAUUUUAGGUUCAACACAUGCUGAAACACACACAAAAACCCUUUCUUCAAUUAGUGGUAAAAGGUUCUCUAAACAGGGAGUCAUUUUAGCACUCAUGGAGAAGAACCUUUUAAAUGCUCCGUUCGUGGUUAAAGUUAUUGGUGUAAGAAAUGACUGCUCGCACACAUGCAGACACGCAACAGAAAAUAUAAAUUCCUUUCAGAUUAUUUCACCAUGGAAGUGUCACGUCAUAUGUAAGAAGUCACCCAAAAAGUGAGCCCCUAUGUGUAUGAUACCAGAUUAUCUCAUUAGUGAGUGGUGAUAAGAAAAGCAGCUACACACAUUUGAUGGGUUGUUUGUGAGUAAUAUUACAUAUUCCAAAACAAAAUUAAGUGAGAACUAAUAUGCUGGAGAACACACAGCCAUAAUCAUAGUAUAGAUAUAGGUAGUUAUGUACAUGUGCUGGCGAAGAAGUGGUCUUAUGAAGCAAAAUUAAAAUGUUGUUUUUCAAAAUGGCUCCUGACGUGUCUAAUUUAGUACUACUGUGGCUGGGAAGUGUAUAAUACUGUUUUGGUAUUUAUAUUUAUUUUAGUUCAGGGUAGUUUGGUUUAGCAUUUAAAAAUAAAGCAAAAAAAGAAUCUCAUCAAAUCCAAGAUAUAAGCGCAAAUUUUAAGAAUGGGCAGAUCAAUCCAAAUAUCGAUGUUAUCGAUACCAAGGGCACCAGAUCGAUACCUGAGUGAUGAUAUCGAUAUUUUUCACAAAUAGUUUAAUGCUCAUGUUACAUAUGCAUUUUGUGUGACUCAAAACGUUAUGUAGUGAAGGAGAAAAAGGGAAUACUUUUGUUAUUUUGUUUAUUGUAUUAUUUUGUAUAUUGUUCUGCAAAUGCUGAUUAAAAUAAAUAUUUG